AUGAGGCGGUUUGAAUUUUGCCAACAAACCUUCUUCGCUUUUGCGGGAGAGACCUAUGAACAAAUCAAGGGAACCCCAAUUGCCACACCGGCCUCCGGCUUAAUGGCAGAACUGGUCAUACAGGAGUUAGAAAAGAUUGCCUUUAUCCAACAUGAGCCGGUAUUUUGGCGCGGUUGCGUAGACGACACGUUCAUCAUCGUAAAGAAGGACAUGCUGCAACAUUUCCACAGCCUGCUUAACGCAGCCUUCCCUGAUGUGAAAUUCACGAGGGAAGACGAAGAAGAGGAACAGCAGUUGCCCUUCCUGGAUGUGCUUGUCAGAAGAACCCUUGACGGUGAACUUGAAACGACGGUUUAA